GGGUCUGCUGGCGAGGAAGCCUCCCUCGCUGUCCUGGAACAAUGGGAGACAUGGCAGCCUCUGCAGACGCAUGCACGGCGCUCGUGCCCAAGGACGGGGCUGUCCUAGCCACGGCGUAGAGGAAAGCGGCUUCCUCGUCGCAGCUCUUGAGGGGGAGGGAGGGAAAAAAAUAAUUUCAUGACAGAAAUGUAAGGCAGUGGCCACUCUGCUGCUGUCUCUCUCUCUUUUGGUGCCUUAAUACCAUGCUGCUGGGAGGAGACCUCUGCUGACUAGAUGACAGAGAACACACCAGCACCAAGUUCCUUGGUUAUGUCUUUGGGAAACCGAGGUGCCUGACGAGAGUGUGAAUCCUCUUCACAGGUCAAACGAGAGGUGAAACCACAGAUGAGAACGAUGUCUGAUGAGACACAGCAGAGAAUGUGUGAUGAGGACUUUUGCUCGGACGAGGAGGGUGAGGAGGCGGAUGUGGAGUCUUACCUGGAGGACAACAGUAGCGAGCUCAUGGACCGGCUGAAAGAGCUGGAGGCAGAAAAUUCCGCCCUGAUGCUGGCUAAUGAGAGUCAGAGAGAAGCUUAUGAGAGAUGCUUGGAUGAGGUGGCAAACCACGUGGUCCAAGCUCUGCUAAAUCAGAAGGAUCUGAGGGAAGAGUGCAUCAAGUUAAAGAUGUUGGUGUUUGACCUGGAGAGACAGAACCGAGCACUUUGUGAACUUUUUCAGCAGAAGCUUCCCAAUCAUCCCGCGGCUCACUACCAGGUCCAAGCGGGACCCCUCCCAGACUACAAUGCACAGCUGCACAAUGACUCUGCCAAGCAUUUAGAGGCUGCUCAGACUGAAGCACAAGCCAAGGGAAAUGGCUACCGCACUCAACACUCCUCUCCUGGCCCCCGAGGCCCCGCCGCCUCCAUGGAGGCUCUUUCUCCCUUCUUCAAGAAGAAAGCACACAUCCUGGAGGUCCUGCGCAAGAUGGAGGAGACGGACCCUCUCAAGUUCCACCCGGCCACUGCGAGCUUGUCUUUCUGCGACUACAGCCAGGUGCUCAUGUCCACAGAGGCCGUUCUCGCCUCAGCGGACCCGCUGCAGUGCAAAUCCCACCACACGCACUGCCACUGCUCCCACUCUGACGCCGAAACACUCCAACAUGUCAACGGUGACGGGGCAGUGAAGUGUGAGGGGGGCAACACCUGCUGUUUACACUGCAAAAGGAGCCCAGAAGGACCUCCGAAGCCAUGCAUCCACCCCUGCACUUCUCCCGCCGCCACCCAGACCCAUGGUGCUCCUGCAGCCACUAUGAACGAAUGUCACAGCAAGACCAGAACGGCGGAAUCUGUCUCUGUCCCUGUCCCACCGUCAAAACAAUGCACCAAGAAUGACGCGCACCAGCCACCAGUAGGCGGCGUUGACACCACCAGUCAGAGCCGGGAGGAAGUGGAGCAGAAGCAGAACAGUGAAGAACUCACUGAUUUCUUUCCCGUCCCCCAUGUGUCUAGUUCAGAAGCCGCCCCCGUCCCCGACCGUGACUCAAGUGAAGGCCCUCUCUCCUCCAUCGGCAGCAAUGACGCGGUCCCAGAGAAGGAUGAUGCAGAUCAUGAGGCUUCCAAUGUGAGAGCCAGCGCCUCCGUCAGCCCAAGCUCCUCCUGCCUCAGUGACGUCAAAGCCGCCGCCAUCAACUCGCCGUCCAAGCUGCUUAAGCUCUUAAAGAUCCCCUCUAUAGGGGAGAAGUGUCAGGCUUCUAGCCCUGCCGUCCGUCUGAGCCCCCAACUCACCCGCAGCUCCAGGAUCCCCUGUCGCACCAACAACUAUGAGGUGUACCACUCUCCUGUUCCCACCCGUAGAGCCACAACCACUGAGCGGUGCAGACAGCCGCCGCCCCCGCCCACCAGGUCUGAAUCUUACCCCGCCACGCACUCUGCACCAACCUCCCCACCGCAGCCCGAAGACGCCUGCCCCUCCCCGCCUGCUAAAGACGAUAGUUACAGCAGCUUCUCUGCACCCAAAGCUGGCGCUGGCUCUAAAACGGCCACUCCCUCAUCCACAUCCUCCCCCAAAGCAUCUCAGAGUAUCCCACAUUACGAAAACAUUUGUGACAUGACCACUAACUCUCGAGAGCAGGAGCCCACCCACGCUCAGGAGAAAAGAACCACUCUUCCAUCUCAAACAAAAACAAACGGCGGUGAAAGGAAGCUUGUGAAAUCACUUCCUGAGAGCGUCCUCACUACGUUUCCUCAGCGAAAGCAGUCAUCAUCCUCUUCGUUUGAGUUGACGUCAGAUGAUGAAGACGAUGAAGACAGUCUGGUGUGGGUGAACCAUCACAGCCUGCCCAACUCGUCGGCGCUCGCUAAUGCUAAGCUUAGCUCCUCACAAACCCGAGAGGAGGUCACUGCCCAGAGCUGCGAGGUCGCCCAGACGCCACCGCCACCGCCAGCCAGAAGAAGUGACGCGUCUUCCAUUCCCAAGAGGCCUGCGACAGGCCCCGCGAGGUCUCAGGCUGAUUCCAGUCACCAUGCCUUUAAGGACAGGCUGGCUGCGCUGGGCAAGCUGAGGAGCUCCGAGGACUUACAAGCAGGGUUAAGGCCUGUAGAUGCCGUGAAUGAGGCUGCCGAGGAAAAAAGUAAGACAGCAGAGAGGCCUGUCGAGCUCCACAAGGAGGAGCAGAGACAUUCCAAAUUUACAGACUCUUUGGAUGGUAAACCCAGAGGUAGCAGCGGGGGGUUGAAGUACCCGGGCUCCUCUCAACUUUAUGAGCAAGGUGUCAAAUCUCCGUCGUCGGGUCUUUGUGUGACCAAGACAGAAUGCUCCAAAAGCAAAAUAGGUUUACCGUCGCCUAACACCGACACUCCACAGGUACUACGCAACAACAUAAAGUGUCCCGGCUCGCUCAAUCUCUCCUACAAUCUCAAAAGUAGCAGCAGCCCGAACAAAAUACCCCCCAAGUCACCGUCCAAACCUUCCGUCCACAGAGCCGGCAAACCCGCAGAUGCCCCUCGUUACUCCUCCAAGUCAGAGGAAAGAACCAAAAUUAGUGGCAAAGGUAAGAAGAAUCCCAUGUAUGGAGAUAGCCUCCCACCACCUCCUCCGAGACCUCCCACAUCUGAGGGGGAAAAACCACAGCCACCGCCGGCGCCCAGCCCGCAGUCAGCCAUCGAGCAGAAGGUGAUGAAGGGCAUUGAGGAGAACAUGCUAAAGCUCCAGGAGCAGGACCGAGGUCAGGGCCAGGGUGGCGAGGUCAAGCAGAAGGCGUCCAAUGGCAUCGCCAGCUGGUUCGGCCGCAAGAAGAGCAAGCUGCCUGCGCUCAGCCGCAAGGCCGACGCCCCCAAAGCAAAAGAGGAGAAGAAGGAGUGGAAGAUAAACAUCCCGUCGGUGGGCAAGGACUCUGUAAAAAUGGCCAGCAGGUGUAAAGAAGGCGUGGAAGGCCUGAACAUCUCCACGCUGAUGGAGAAGGCCGAGGGACUGAGGAGGGCGCUGGAGGAAGAGAGGGCGUACGUGGAGAGGUCGGGCAGGGGUCACUCCUGCGAGGUGGUGAUGGACCAGGCACAGGGACAGCUGGCCGUCAUGUACAGGGGAGGACGCUCGGACAACUUCAUGCAACAGCUGCUAAACAGAGUGGAUGGCAAAGACCCCGUCAGCAUGCCACAGCGGCGGCUCUCCUUCGACUGUAAGACCUCCAGGCCGGUCUUCAGUCAGCAGAGCGACAUCAUCAGUCACACCGGCGGCGGGGAUGACAUAGAAAAGCAAUCCGAUCGACUCGGCAAGAUAACAUCAGACGAGAACCUGAGCGAUUCGGUUCACUCCCAGCACUUUGCAGGAUCUGGUGCUUCCACCUACACGCUGGACAGCGGCAUCGGCACCUUCCCUUUACCCGACUGCAGCAGCGGCGCGGCAGGACGAGGCCUGUCCAAGACGAGGGCCGAGCACCACCCCUCGGCCUCCCCUGGGAGGGCCGGGCGACGGGCCCGCACUUUGGACAGGGAGCCGACGCCGCAGGAGGACUGCUACACGCCGCACAAACAGCUGAUUCCCACCAUGCAGCACGGCUCCAAGAUGGAGGGAAGAAGCCCAGCCGGCCUCAUCCGUGAAGACAAAGACGCUCAUGGAGCAAACAUGUUUUCUCCCCGUUCCAAGACUUGGACCUUCCCCAACUUGAAGACUCCAGCAGGACCAGCGGAGGUGUACCUGGCUGUGGAGGAAGAGCAGGAGGAGGUGGUAUCCUACGGCACGCCAUUCAGAGCGAGCUUGAAGGCUGGUGGUCCGUCCUCCAGCCGCAUGGUUGACCAAGGCAGCUUGCCCGUUCCAGCCCAGUCCGGAUUGAGCCGCAGGGGGAAGACUCGGACUCCCAGCGUUCCUGAGAUGAGCCGGGAAUCUGGGCUGGAGCUGCUCAGGGAGCGGCCGGAGGAAGCGCUCUCCCCGAGCCGCCCGCAGGUUCUGGAAACGCCAGAGUCCCUCAGCGACUCUCUGUAUGACAGUCUGUCAUCGUGUGGCAGCCAAGGAUGAUGCAAACACAGACGGACUGCAGAGUUCUAUUCUAAUUCUGAUCCAGCAACAUGCAGUCAUCUUGUAGGAAAAGAAAGCUUCUACAAGGGGGUGAUGACGCUGCCUUGUUACCCGCUUCUCAGCAACAAGGAUCAGUGUGACUUCUCCUCAGGAUUUCCCGACAAAGUGAAGCCAAAACCACCAAUGAAAGUCACUGGCCUCUGUGCAAAUCGGACUUGUGUGUACAGGACUGCAAACGCAUGGCCAAGCUAACAAAUAGCACAAGUGGCAUUCUGCUAGAUAGUGAGCAACAUGUGUUUUCUCUCAUCCUGAUCUCUUUAUGUUAAUGUCAUUUUCAUUUGAUUUUUUUUUAAUGUGGCACUCCGAAGAGGAAACAAAAAAGAAUGUUAUUUUUUUUUUUUUAUUAUUGUUUAAAACGGUCAAAUUUUAGUGUAAAAAUGAUUUUCUCGAUCAUGUUUGUUUUACGCCUACGGAAGGUUGUCAGAAAAAUGUCUGUUUUAAAUCAUAAUGCAUUUAAAAGGUAAUAUAUACCAGCAAUAAUAACAUAGAUAAGAGAAAUGGCUACACUAUUCAAUAUGUAUUUCUAUUUAUUUCAAAUGUAUAUCAUUCAUCUUUUUUGUAAUCUUUCUGUGAAAAUGGAAAGUCUCCUCGCUUAGAUUAUGUUCAAUUUCAACAUGUGUUGCUGUUCGUUGCUAGAUGAUAGAUCCGCUGUACGUACUGCCGUUUUUCUACUUUAUAAUUAAAAUGUUUUCAUUUA